AAAACCAAACACACGUUAUUCAUUAUUAAAACCUCAACAAAGGUACUUACUAAUAAGUACUUGUUUGUCUAAUUACCAAAACAAACAUCUUUGCAGGCCUUAACCUCAAUAUUCUCUCCUCAAAUUGAAACUACUCCUCUUUAUUUUCGUCCUGAAUUUCAUCCCUUCACAUUCACUCAACAAUAUAUAUACACACACAUUCUUCCAAUAGUAUCACCUUUCUCAUAGUUACACAAUUUAAAAAACUAUGAAGAGUGUUUCAAAGAACAAGUUCUUAACAUGUUUCCGUCCCGUCGUUGAUUUUGAUACUAAUGUCGCCUAUCCUUCUACCAAUCGUUGUAAACACGAUCGAGCAAGCAGUUCAAUGUUUUCGGACGGGAGUGGCUCGAGAUUGAUAGAGACUCACGUUGUUGAUCAUCCUCCAAAACAAACACUUGCUAAGGUGAUUAAAGCUAUGGUGUUUCAAACCAUAUUGAAUACAAAAGCUCACAAGAAAAAACGUUAUAGCCAAAGUUGUUUCGGAUCAAAGCGUAAUUAUUCUUUACAUACAAGAACUUCAUCAUCAUCUUUCAAGACUAAUAUUGAAGAAAAGGCAAUUGAAUCGUCUUUGUCAAGUUCAUCGUCUUCGUUGUGCUCGCCAGUAUCCGAAUCAAAGACUUUAUCCAAGUCUAGUGGAUAUAAAUUACACAAGACACAAAAAUUUCAAUGCCUAGGAAUAUACAUGAUGAUUCUCAUAAGCUUAGUAGUUACACUUUCUUGUGGUAAAAUUAAUGUCAUUAUUUUGACAUUAAUGUUGUUCUCUUGUUUCUGUUGUUGGAACAGAAGCUCUAAUUGGCUAAAAAGGGUUGGUAUAAGUUGUCAAACACAACAUCCAUAGCCCUAAAGUAUAGCCAUAAAUCGGGACCAUAAAAAUAAAGAUAUGAUUUUAAAUUGAUGUCUGCAAGUACAAUUGCAGACGCAAUAUAAAAGUUUUCGAUCUUUCUAUAAUGUCAUCAGAAAUUUAUGUACUUUCUUUAAAAAUCGGAAGUCAUAGUUAAAAUCCGCAUUCAUGCAUUUUUGAACAUUGAUGAUUCUUCGAU